GGUUAAUAGAGAGAGUGAGAUAACAGGAGUGAGAGGGUUAAUAGAGAGUGUGAGAUAACAGGAGUGAGAUAGGAACAUCUCCUCCUGGAUUACAGUAAUCCCUUCAUUGUAGCGUCAGGUACCAGUCUCUGCUGACAGAGGACGAUGGAGGCCGCUGAUCGCCGCGCUGCGCUGCUGCUCUUCCUACUGCUCUCUCACGCGCUGAUCUCCGUGCAGCUUCAGGAGGAGGAGGCAGUGCAGGAGGAGGAUCUGCAGGAGAAGACGGUGCAGGAGGAGGAUCGGCAGGAGGAGGAUCUCGAGGAGGAGGCAGUGCAGGAGGAGGAUCUGCAGGAGGAGGCGGUGCAGGAGGAGGCGGUGCAGGAGGAGGAUCUGCAGGAGGAGCAGCAGGUCAUUGAGUCGUGGACGUCCAACGUGAAGGCCUGCACAUGUGACUGUGAAUCUGCUGAACAAGCGACACGUAAACCCCCCCUCCUCCAGCCUGAGUUGCUCCCCCCCUCACCCCUGCCGCAUGCUCAGCUGGACACCUGCAUGCCAGAGUGUCCAUACCACCGGGCUCUGGGCUUUGAAUCUGGAUCUGUGACUUCGGACCAGAUCAGCUGCUCCAACCAGGACCAGUACUCGGGCUGGUACUCCUCCUGGCUUCCCCUCAAGGCCCGCCUCAACAACCAGGGCUUCGGGUGUGCGUGGCUGUCCAAGUUUAAUGACAUGCACCAGUGGAUCCAGAUCGACCUGAAGGAGGUGCAGGUGAUGUCGGGGAUCCUGAGCCAGGGCCGCUGUGAUGCUGAUGAGUGGGUCACCAAAUACAGCAUCCAGUACCGCAGCAUGGAGACCCUCAACUGGAUCUACUACAAGGACCAGACAGGGAACAACAGGGUCUUCUACGGGAACUCGGACCGAUCCUCCACGGUACAGAACCUGCUGCGCCCCCCCAUCGUGGCCCGAUACGUCCGCCUGCUGCCGCUGGGCUGGCACACCCGCAUUGCUCUGAGGCUGGAGCUGCUGAUGUGCAUGAGCAAGUGUUCCUGAAGAACUCACAGAAAUCCACAUCCUGAUGGUCCACAACCCGCUCUGCAGACCUGAUCCAACAUGUCCCUUCAUCAGGACCUUCAUCUCGUCUGUCUUCAGAGAGGCUUUAACUAACCGAGUCUGGGAGAGCGACAUAUUUGAUGGACUAUUUAUUUGUCCUGAAGUCUGUAAAUACUAAAUUGGACACCUGAAACCUGUAAUCUGGAGUCAUGGUUCCAUUAGGAUCUGUGCAGGAGUGAAGACGUGAGACCAACAACUACAACAACAACAACACAAUAAAAAGUCCUGCAGGUUUCAAAUGAAUGAGUUUGUUUUAUUG